AUGAUUUUCGUUGUGGGUAUCAUCACAACUUUCACUUGCGGACAUCAGUAUUGGUCCAAUAUUGUCAGGAGGAAAAGAAAAGAUACCGAUGGUACUACAAAGGAAGGGCAAUGCAUUGCCGGACCCGACACAACAUGGAUCAAACACAGAAGCGAAUGCGGCGAGUGUCAGCACAAUGAUUUUGACCAUGACCAAGUCAUCAUUUCCCCACCACCAAGUCCUUUGCUCGAUCCUCCUGACAAUCUUGAUAAUAGUCGUGGUGCUGUAACGGAGUACCGUUGUGGACAUCGAAGAUUCCGUACGGAAGACGAAGGAAGACUUCCCGUUCUCGGAAUGGACAAGCUUGGCUUCUUGUUAGCCGUAUCACGCAGUGAGUGCCCCCGUUGCGAACAUGAGAGGUUCAAGAAAGUAUACGGAGAGGACUUCGAAGAAGAGACCACAAGCGCAUUGUCCCAAACCCUCACUUUCCCUACAGAAAGCUGGAGAUAUACCAUGUUAUCUCAGAGAGAAGGCGCUGAAAGUCCACCAAUGCGCAUGUCUCAGCCAGGUCGGCAACGUGGUAUGGCCAUUGGACGAUCUUUUGACGCACACCUUGAUCCAGACCAAGGAAUGAACUUGGAAUCGGCAAGACACAAAGAACAUCAACAGGCUGUCGAUGAAAUGAUGCGCAGCAGUACAGCCGAUCUUGCACCAGAAUCUAAUCCUCAGAAGAGAAACCAAAGAAAAAGAGAGAAGAUCAAGGCAAUCGGUAAGACAAUUUGGGGAUCAAUCAAGAGGAAGAUCUGA